AUGAUCUAUGAUUCAAAUAUACUGUAUACAGCUGUCAUCGUUGUCGGCGAGGCUGGUUCCGAGAAAAUCACCCACUUGGCACAGUUCCUUUACGAGGAUGGAUACUGCGCAUAUGGUCUCAUUGGUUACACUCAGCCACGUCGUGUGGUCGUUAUGUCUAUAGCAAAACGUGUCGUUGAGGAGAUGGAGGCAAUUCAGUACAAGCUUGACUCUAUCGCUGGUUAUGCGAUCCGUUUUGAGGACUGUACAUCAACGGAAACCAAGCUCAAAUGUACGGGUUAUCUCUCUCGUAUUCCACCUGGCUAA